CGUCGGCUGGUUUUGUUAAUCAAAGGGAUUUGAAGGCGACGUGCGCGGCUUAAUAACGCGCGGGGAAGGGCUAAGGGGGAAGGGGCCGUGAAAGGACUCGGCGGAGGACCCUGUCGAGCGCGAAUUCGCCGGCGACUGUACUUUUCGCGAGGAAUCCCGGCUGAAUAGGACGAUAAGGAGCGAGCAAGCGGGGUCUUUCUUCACUCCCGACGAGGAGAACGGCGAAGAAGCAAUGAAUAUCCCGCGGAGCCGUCGUUGAAUGUAAAUACGCGGCCGGUCGGAGACCGAGAAUUCCAAUAAGGAAGGCGGACGAUAUUUCCCCGCGGUGAUUAAACAUUUACAAGUUGAACGUGCAAACGUGGAAAACACGAGAAACGGAUACGUCGGUUUAGUUCCAAUUAUCGCGUUCGCGCGGCUGUGGAAUAGUAAAAGCUACAGCGCACAGAGAAUUCUCCUUCCCCUCCGUCACUCUCUCUCCCUCUCGCUCACACAGAUAGUUCUUCAGUCGGGGGGAGAGUCGUCUUCGUGAGAAGCUCGCUGAGAGAAUACCGCUACGGGAGAUCACACACAGUGAUCGCGCAGUGAGCACGAAAACCGUGAGCGCAAAACUAUUACACGUCUCGUUAAUUAGGAAUAUGGGUUGACACACAUACACAUACACACACACACACACACACACGCAAGUGCGCGCAGAGAUCGGCUGAGCGACGUUACGCGAGGAACGCUGCCAACGAACAAGCGGAUCGAGAAUGCCUCGUUCCUCCGGAUCGUUCAAGUGGUCGCGGUCCGUCGUCAUCGAGAAAGUCGCGCUGCCAAAGUCGCCCCGGGGUUGGAACCUACGACUUCGUUGGAAGGACCGUCCGUGAAUCGCGGCGCAUCACGCUAAUCCGAGGGCCAGCCUUCGCAGCCUUCGCAGCUUGCAGGUCGAGGUCGAAUGCUGCUGCCCGCGCCGGCGGAGCGGAUUCGACGUGUUGCGCACGGCCAGGGCGAUACGUGAGCGUCUAUUCUCGAUACAAACGACGGGGGUGUCGAGAUGCACUGCGCGUCGGGCUACGCGCUGCUCACGAGUCUGCUGAUGCUGCUGAGGACUCAGCGGACGAGCGCAGCCGCGGAGGAGCCGACGUCGGAAUAUCAGAACAAAGUACCCGUGAGAUUGGUCUGGGCAGCCGAGGGUGAGAAUGUGGAGCUGCCAUGCGACAUCACACCGCCGACACCCUCGGACUCGGUCAACAUGGUGCUCUGGUUCAAGGACGAAGUCGGCAUACCGCUCUACAGCCUGGACGCGAGAAAUGGCAACUUGACUGCCGCCGUUCACUGGGCGGUUAGCGACGAUCUCGGGAAACGGACGUACUUCCAGAUCGGCGACGGUCACCGGGCGAAGCUGAAAGUCACCAGGGUGACGUUCAAGGACCAGGGGAUGUUCAGGUGUAGGGUGGACUUUAUAAACUCGCCGACGCGGAACUUUCGCGUAAACUUGACUCUCGUUGAGGAGCCAGCUAACCUUGUGAUAUACGACGGUACGGGACGGGAGGUGAAAGGACCGGCUGGCCCUUUCCUGGAGGGUUACGACCUCGCUUUGACCUGUCAAGUGUCCGGGGGCAGACCAAAGCCUUCGGUAACGUGGUGGAAGGACGGCCAGUUGCUGGACGCCGUAGUCGACACCGCGUCUAUCGGCUCGCCGAGUAGAUUUACAGUGAACCACCUGUUCAUCGACCGGGUCACCAGGUCACUGUGGGGAGCGAAGCUCGAGUGCCGGGCUCAGUCUGGACCGAUAGGGAGAACUACCGUCCGCGAAGUGCCCCUCGACAUAUAUCUGAAACCGGCAACGGUGAAGAUCGUUCUGAACGAGAGCCAGAUCUUCGCCGGCCGUCCGAUCACCGCCAGGUGCGAAACCUGGGGUAGUUCCCCGGCGGCCAGGAUCAUCUGGAGGCUGGGCGAGCAAGUGAUCGGCGACCCCAACGUGUCCACCACGCAGAGGAGCAACACGACGGUGAGCAAAUUGGUGUUGGUCCUCGGCAGGGAAGACGACGAGAAGGAGCUGUUCUGCCGAGCCGAGAAUCCCAGAUUUCCCGGAGGAUCGCUUGAGGAGGUCAAAACGCUUCGCGUCUUUUAUGCUCCGGUAGUCGUCGCCCAUUUGGCCACUGGCUACGUCUUCGACACAUUGAGGGAGGGCGACGAUCUUAUGUUGGUCUGCAACGUUCAAAGCAACCCGCCACCGACGCGAGUGAUCUGGUACCGCGACGACGAGCAACUGGAGCACGACGUGAGCGCCGGGAUUCUGCUGGCCUCCAAGUCGCUCACCAUCCGGGAGCUCACGCUCGCGCACACCGGCGAGUAUUCGUGCUCGGCCAUGAACAUCGUGGGCGAAACCCGCAGUCUGCCGCUUCUUAUUCAAAUAAAAUACGCGCCGCGAUGCCGAGAGGGUAACCAGUGGCGAGAGAUCGCCGUGGCGCGCCACGAGACCGUAUCGCUGAGGUGCGAGGUGGAGGCGGUGCCGGACGACGACGUGAAGUUUUCGUGGACGUACAACAGCACCCGCGGCGACGUGUUGCCUAUGCCGAACUCGAGGGCCGAGAAUAAAAGGCUUGUGAGCGUGCUGGAGUACACACCCGGGGUCAACGAUUACGGCACGCUGGCCUGUUGGGCGAGCAACGGUAUCGGACGGCAGAGGACACCCUGUGUAUUCAACAUAGUGCCAGCUAAACCGCCGCAGCCGCCUACGGACUGUUCGCUGAGCAACGAGAGCAACUCGCUGGAGGUUAAUUGCAUCCCUGGCUCGGACGGCGGGUCGCCGCAGCACUUUCUAUUGGAAGUCCGAGGAUCCCCGAAGAAUGCCGGGAUCGGCCAGGUUGGCGAAGGGUUGUACAACACCCUUCAGACACCUCAGAGCGAUCAGGGCCUGGUGGGAGACUCGCCGCCCAUCUAUCAGGACAUGAAUCCCAGCCCGAACUUCCAGCUGCACGACCUCGAGCCGGGCUACGACUAUACGGUGUACAUUUACGCGGUGAACGGCCGCGGCAGGAGCGAGCCCGUUCUCCUGGAACACGUGAGGGUCGCGGAGCCGACGGGCGGCAAAGUGGAGAGGAGCGGGAUAUUCUUGGAGGACCUGAAGAAGGCGCUGCCGCGAGCCAGCUCGGAGAACAUGAUCAUCGCGAUCGCAUUGACAGGUACAGGCGUGGCGGCGUUGAUUCUCAUCGGCAUCGGGAUGAUCAUCGGCCUGGCGAUCUGCAGGAAACGAUCCGACAUGCCUGUGUUGGAAGGCCCGGACGAUUUCACCACGCCGUCCUACGUGCCGGGCCAGAGGGUCGAGCCGAGAAUCCGAUAUUCCAACGAGAACAGGCGCUCGCAAAGGGCGAGUCUCUACGUGGAGGAGAACCGGAACGGUAAACCGGAUCUGCUUCACCAGGUGGAGCUGGACGAGUGAGCUAGCAAGACUAACCCGGCUGAUCCUGCGUACGCUGAGAGGACGCUGAGGGACAAUUGGCGAGACGCAAAGUCGUAGUGCAAUAUAACGUAGAAUUCCAUACGCAGAGAUAACUCAGCCGCCGCGACGUUCGCGCAGAUCGUUGCGUUCCGCCUGCGAGUCCGCCUCGAGUCUGUUCUCGAGAGGAGGAGAGAGAAAGAGGCACGAAGAGAGGGAGAGAGAGAGAGAGAGAGAGAGAGAGAGAGAGAGAAAGGAAAAGAGAAAAAGGGAAAACUGCGCGACACCGAGUCGAGGAGAGUCCACCGAGGUCUUCGUGCGAGUCGGGGCGAGUCAUGAAACAUUCUAUUAGCUAUUUAUAUUCGCUUUACAGGAUAAAAGCUUCGCCGCGACGCGACGCGGAAGGUCCGCCGCGGAAAUUUGUACUUUCAGUUUGUAUAGAGCCUAGGGUUAACUGGUGUUGUUACAAAGUGUACAGCUAUUUUUACUACGUAGACGGCUAAGAGUUUCUUGUGUAUACUUCCGAGCAUUAGCAUAUUAAUACGUCGACCUAACAGGAAGAAGGGAUGCGAGAAAAAAGAAGAAGGAAAAACCGUGAUCUUGUGUACCUUCGUCGCGUAACAGAGCCUGCUUCGAAAAAAGAAAAGGAGACGUACCGCGCUGAUUCUCAUUCAGACGUACUCGCGGAAUCUGUGCGCUCGCGACCGAUCUUCGCUCGAUCGACGCUCUCGCUUUCUUCUCGCGAGUGUCGAUCUAAAUUUCCGGCGCCGAUCUACACUGUCCCAUUUUUCGGAAUUUUUUUUUUUUUUUUGAAGCAGU